CAAGGGGGCCGAAUACUUUCGCAAGGCACUAUAGAUAGAUCUACAAAGCUUGCAGUGAAAGUAGAAACUUGAUCUCCUGCUACACAAAUUACAACAAGCUGACACGUUUGAGUUUUACAAGAAAUGGCUGUGUUUACUUGAUAUUUUAUCACACAUACUGUCAAGUUGUUUACCAACACUGUGGACAUGCAGCAGGCAUAAAUGAAAACCUAAAGUGUUUUGCUGAUAAUUGCUGGCUCAGAAUAUCAGGAUUCUCAGACUUGCUUUCUCUUCACCUCUCCUUCUGGCUCUGCUUCCAUCCCCAAUGAAAUCCCUCCUCCACUCCUUCUUGUGUGUCCUGAAUGUUGUCCACUAGGUUAGACUGUCUGCAUCGUACUCUAACUUUAUAUGCAUAAAUGUGUGGCUUACUCUGUUUGUGGGUGUUCCCCUUCCAUACCAUCUGUGACACUGUCAUGCAGUGAAACACCCGAGUGUCUUUAGGACCCAGUGAGAUACACCCGGGGGGGCGCGGCAAAAUUUUUAUCUGACCACAGAACCUGUUAGCUUACUGUUGUUUCCUCUAAGACAGUGCAGUCCUUCACAAUAGUUCCUUGAUGUGAGAGUCAUAAUAGAGAAGUGCUCUGUGUAUCAGCAACAGACAUGCCACAGCCCUGAACCCAAGCCUUUGCGAUCAUACCCUGGGACUCGUGUUGACAAGGAGCUUUGUGACUUGAGAUGCCUGUUAAAGGUGUCCAGACCCAGGCAGUGUACAGCCAGCCAUGGAGCAGCAGGCCUGCAUACUGAGGAGCUUCUUGGCCCAGCUGGAGAGGCAGGAGGCCGUGGAUGAGGAAGCCUCGAAUCACUUCGCUGGGGAGUUUGCUAGGUUGAAAAGCCAGUCAAAUAAGUACCGUGCUGACAAGUCCUACCCCACCAAGACAGCAGACAAGCAAGAGAAUAUCAAGAAGAACCGAUAUAAGGACAUUGUUCCCUUUGACCACAGCAGAGUAAAGCUCACUCUCAGUACGACUAAAAAUGAUACAGACUACAUCAACGCCAAUUUUAUCAAGGGAGUGUCAGGUUCAAGGGCCUACAUUGCUACUCAGGGUCCUCUGGCCCACACAGUACUGGAUUUCUUGAGAAUGCUUUGGGAGUACAACAUAAAGGUUGUAGUGAUGGCCUGUCGAGAGUUUGAAAUGGGAAAGAAAAAGUGUGAGCGCUACUGGCCACUGCAACAUGAACAACCAUUUGUUUGUGAGCCUUUUAAAGUUUACUGUGAUUCUGAGGAAAGUAAAGGAGAUUAUUUGAUAAGGAUGUUAAGGAUGACGUAUCAAAAUCACAGUCAAACGUUGAAACAGCUACACUAUUUCAACUGGCCAGAUCACGGUGUACCAGACUCUAUACCUCCUAUUCUGGAAAUGUUGCAUGAAAUGCGUUCCUAUCAGGCCCAUGAUGACAUCCCUAUUUGCAUUCACUGCAGUGCUGGCUGUGGUAGAACAGGAGUCCUGUGUGUCAUCGACUAUACUUGGAACCUCCUGAAGAAGCAGAUGAUCACUCAAGGUUUUAGUAUCUUCAGUUUGGUUCAAAACAUGCGAACCCAGCGGCCCUCCGUGGUUCAAACCAAGGAACAAUACGAGCUGGUCUACCAAACCAUCAAGUUACUGUUUCAGAGAUAUUUGCAGUCCAUGGAUGCACAGAUCUGCAGAAAUGAGGUGACAAAGAUCCCGUCCUCUACCACACCUCACACUGACCUGAGUGAGGAGCUGGAUUUGCUGCCACAGUUCCAGCACCUUCUGGAUGAGGAGAGGGAUGUUUUACCACAGUACCACACACCUUUGCCUUCCUUGAGUACCAAGGACAAGCAGCUGGACCAGAAACAACAGUACCCACCCCAGACCUUUCCUGGUACUCUGUUCACCACGGGGGACCUGCAGGAGGGGCCCAGGAGCUCACUCACCCAUACCAGCCAGAUAGCCCCUGCAGCAGAGGAGAGGACACAGAAAGAUGAUGACAUGCCAUUACUGAACCCUGCACCUGCACCAGUUGUGACAGAAGCCAUUUGUUUGAUGGUGGAGGACCCCUACUUUGACACUCCUAUGAGCUCGCCUUCAUCAGAGGAAGCACCCAUGGACUCGGCUGAAGACACCAAACAAUGGACAGUUAGCCCUAUCUUCAACACACCCUUGCUGUUUCCGAAUGACCAGAUUCAGGAUCUUACUCCUCUUGUCUCAGGUACUGUGGAAGCUCUUACAGAUGAGGACCCACCUCCUCCACUACCCGAACGCACCCCUGAAUCCUAUGAACUGGCAGUGAAUACAGCUCAGCCUUCUCAGGAGUAUUCAGAUAAAAGGUUGAAGGUUGUUAUACCAUCUAAUGCUGCUGCUGAGGCUGUCAGGGAGUUUCAAGGCAGCCCCCCGUCACCUGCUCCCCCACUCCCAGAGAGAACCCCAGAGUCAUACGAGUUGGCUACUGAAGCUGCUGGGGAUCAGAAUGUAGAGGUCAUGCCGACACUGAACCUGAGCAGAAUAGGAAUGUCUUCAGAGUGGUCCGGUAACUCUGAGCCAGCUGCAUCUCAAAAUGAGCUCAAACCGUGGUUGAGGAGUAAGAGUCUGAAAGUGAAAAUGACCUUCACAGCACCAGUACCACAUCUUCAUCUAGCACCAAAUGCUACAUCAAACUUCCAUCCUCUCUAUCCACCUCUGGACCCACUGAUUACUCCGCUGCUUUCUCAAGCUGAGAACAGCCUGAAUCCUCCACUUCCUGGCAGAACCCCCGAGUCCUUCAUCCUCAGCACAGAAGAGAUUCAUGAGAGAACUGCCCCGUGCCCACAGCCCUCACCGAAACCAUACAACUCACAUGAGUGGGCUGGUGAUUCCCAGUCCAGGAACUUCCUCGACGUUGUCAUGAGCAGGAGUAAGAGUGUUCGAACUACAAGUUCAAGACAAGCACAAGUAGGACAUCAGGAUGUGAGCCGCAGGUCAUCCCUGAACGCUGAGCCAUCUGGAAGCAAAUCAAACAAAAGCAAUGAGAAGGGCAUGUCCAGAACAAAGAGUCUGAAGCUUUUUAGACACAAAUGUAAACCUAAGACUGGCCUUCCACCACCUCCUACUCAAUCUGGACUACAAUCUCCAGCAUAUGGUUCCUCAUCUUCCAUAUUCAAAUUUGGAUUUGGGAACCGAUUUAGAAAGCCGAAAGGCCCGAGGAAUUAUCCUGAGAGUUGGGUUUGACGCUUUUCGAGAAUCCCUUGAAGAAAAGCACUGAAGGCUGAUUUCCUUUGUCUCACACAGUAGCACCCUCAGCAGAGAAGAAACAGGAAGUGCCUCAUCACUAGCUCUAAUACAUUUUGUACUAUACAUCAGCUAGUGUUGUUCAUUAUCACUGAACCAGUGCCGACAAAAUGGACACUUACUUGGACCAAAGGCUUGAAUGUCAAAUGAAAAACUCAGGACUGUCAGUCUGUAGAAUAAUUUGCUUGAAGAAAUGAGAUGUCUGCAGUGAGAAGUUUUGCACUUCUUUUUUUUUAUGCUGAAAGCAAUGCUGAUAAAGUUGGUGUAUGAGGAAUAUACUUUGUUGUGCAUGUGUGUGUUUGUGCUUUUGUCAUGCAAUGAGAAAAUAAUUAGUAUAUCAUUCCAUCUAGUUCAUAAGAACAUCACUUUUUGUAUUAUGAAGACAGGCUGCAAUGCAUUGUGUGUGUCCUGUACCUUUCUCUCUAUAGUAUGUAAUAAUUCAGCCAAUCAUCUUGUAGGUUUUAACUGAUUUUAGAAGCAUUAACUUUUAAAAUCAUCAUCAACAUGAUAUGUAACGGUACAGUGAAUGUGAUGUAUGAUGUAGCUGUAAACUUUGUUAUAGUGGUUACACAGGGAAUUAUUUAUUAAAAAUAUAGAAAGUCUAUGCAUUCUCAUUGCAUUUUUCUACUUAACAAGACUGAACCACACUGGUACCAGACAUCUAUUGUCUGUAACUUAUCACCCAGGUAACAAACAAAAAUGAUUAAAAAGGUCUCGGUACAAACAUUAACAACAGCAAUCACUGGUCUAGAACACAGAGCUUUACAACAAUUAUGCCAAAAGGCUGAUGUGACAGUGCUGGAACUGUCAAUUUAUUUCUACACUGAUUUAGUAAGCCAAGACCCUAGCACAGCCAUAUUUUUGACAAAGGGCCGUCUGCUUCCUGCACAGGAUCUAAUUGUAAUUUUUAAUUACAGAACGAUGCAGUAGUUGGUUACUUCCAGGUGACAUGUAGAUGUUUAAAUCAAAAAGCAUAAUUUUUAUAACAUAAAAAAGAUAAUGGCUUAAAAGGUUACUCAGACCUUUUUACGUUUUGCAGCUGUGUUGUAUAUUUAAUUUUAAAUGAAAAAAAGUGAUUUCUGCCCAUCAGUUUAGACUAAGGAGCCCAUGAUGACAAAGUGAUAACAUGCACUCUGAAGCAUGUGUUCUUCAAGGAGCUCUGUAUGUGGCUGCAUCUAUCCUUCUCUCAGGUCUCACCAGUGUCACAGUCCCUGCUGCUGAGAAGCCCCCCAGUGGUAUGAUGGUGUUAGCAGUGCCUGGUGUUCACCAGAGUUUGGUUUUUGACUCAACAGACCAGAGAAUCUUCUACAUGUUCUCAGAAUUCUUUGAAUGCAGUGUAACACACCCCAAGCGCCUGUCAUUUGUCUUGUACUCAAACACUGCGUUCACAUGACAGGCUGUAAUCCUCUAUUCUGAUCUAUUUGUCAGAUCUGAUCUUUUUCUGGGGCGGCACCGUGACCCGGCGGUUAGCACUGUCGCCUCACAGCAAGAAGGGUUCAAGCCCCUCGACCCGGGGCCUUUCUGUGUGGAG